AUGGAGGGCGAAGCGUUUGAGCGGGAAGCGGGGCCCAUGAUGCUCUUUGGAGAGGAUUACUACUGUGAAAACUUGGCGAAUGAUCCAGAUGUGGAGGAGUUCGCAGAAUUGGCAGGUGAAAGUUUGAGCACCUCUGUGGUCGUCACGCUCCUGCCCUGGAGGGGGCAGAUCCCCAAAGGAGUGCUGGCGCCUGAACUGGAGAGUUCAGAUUUCCUGCUACCAGAAGCGGAGAUCGCCAAGGCGGUGAGCCAAGUGAACACUGUGGUGAUCCCCUGCACGCUGGAAAUGGAGGAAGAGCAUGAACAAGCUAAGAGGAUCAUCCCGCAGUUCGCAAGAUGUGAAAACCUUUGCAUCAUUGCCGUGCUUUUGUUGCCCAAGGAGAUGACGCAGCUCAACAUGGAGACAAACCAAGUGGUGCUACGAAGGCACGGUCAAUUGCUCCAGGCAGGAGUUGAUGAUGUGCUUUUUGAGCCAGAAUGGGACUUGGUGUCCUUGAAGAGGGCGAUCCAUUUAUCACGUUCGAUGUGGGAGGUGAAUGUGCUCCGGACUCGCUUGAUGCUGAAUGCCGAGAUCGACUAUGACGUCGCCGAGGAGGCUUCGAGAUGUCAAGAGGAGCAUGCGGAGCUCUUCUUUCAGCAGAUUCCUGAGGCGUUGAUGCCCGAGUUCCGACCGGUGGAUCGUCAGAUCAUUGAGACCGGCAAUUCGGUGGGGAACUUCCGGCUGACCUGCCGGUUGCCUUGUAAGAAGGGCACGGUACUGCAGGCCUCAGAUGAGGAGCAGCAAGCGGUAGCCAUCAAGGUCUUUAACAAGUCACAGGUCAUGGACCCGGGGAUGCUUGAGGCCAUCUAUCGAGAGUAUCGCUUCAUGGGAGAAGUUGUCAGACAUCCUAACAUUGCCAAGUGCUUGGAGAUGCUUCAUAGCAAUUCACGUCUCUUUCUGGUCAUGGAAUUUGCUGGCAGUCGGAAUGUCGAGCACAUGCUACGGGGCCGAGAGCCACAGCGAAUGAAUGACUCUGAAGUUAACAACUGUUUUGAGCAAGUGGCUCGUGGGGUUGCUCACUUGCAUUCUAAGAACAUUGCCCACCGAAACAUUUGUUUGCAGCACCUCAUUGUUUCCAAGUUGGCCGGCAGUGACCGGGAGCACCUGCGCAUCGUGGAUUUCCAAAGUGCCAUGUUGGUGAAGCCGAACAUGACAUCCCGAACAAUUUGUGGUGAGAUGCCUUAUAUGGCCCCUGAGAUGGCACUCGGUGGCCCCUAUUGGCCACACAGCAGCGAUGCCUGGAGCUGUGGCAUCGCACUCUUGGAGAUGGCUGGAGGCUUGGGCUCGCUGUGUGAAGCGGUGAAGGUCGAUCCAGAGGCAGCAGCAGCCUCCAUUGCUCCAAUCUUGUUGCAGUUUUUCGAUGAUCCCGUCAGUCACGCUGAAGCCUUGGCUGGCCUGGACGGUGUGGACACCAUUGCUGUGAUCGAGCAGUUGGAGCAGCUGUUGGUGCCAAACCGAGCUGAACGGGUGUUGCUCAAGAACCUGUUGCCCGAGAAUCAGCCGGGAGCAGAACAAGAACUGCUGCAACAUGAGCAACAACGGCUGCUUGAGCAGCAACAGGCACAACAAUUGCUGCAAAUGAUGCAGGGGGGGCCAACCGCCUGA